AUGGAAGAAUUUGGCGAAAUUCCGCCGCCCGGCAGCCCUGCGAGCCAGAGCAGGGAGCGGGCGGCCGAGAUUCUCGACCGCCACUUGCCCGACGGGUACUCUGCCGAUCCCCAAGUCAGCCUGUCGGCGGAGCCGGUCGAGGCGGCUCUCCUCGAGAGCCCGCUGACCCUGGGCCGCUCCGAGUCGCCGACGCUCUCCGCCGCCGGCGCGGCCAUCCCCGCUCCGCCGCUGGAUGACGGGGCGAGCCCCGACGCGGACAUGGUCGAGUCGUCGCUCAAGCUGCAGGGCGGCGACAUCCACCGCGACAUGUUCCGCAUCAAGGCCCGCGCCAACUCGCUGCGCCGCGCCAACACCUUCUCGCACCAGCCCUCGCCCAGCCUGCAGCCCGCCGACGGCAUGUCGUACCACGAGCAGCGCAUCCCCGGCGGCUUCCGCCGCCAGCACCUCCUCCGCGAGGCGCGCAAGCGCCGCGCCGCCCGCGCCGGGCCCCUCGUCGCCCGCAGCUUCGUCGACUUUCUCGACCUCUACGGCAGCUUCGCCGGCGAGGACCUCGACGACACCGACGACGAGUCCGCCCUGGACGACUCGGCCCUGGACGCCGACGACGACGACGACGACACGGCCGCCGCCACCGAGGCCUCGCCGCUCAUUCGCCGCCCGCCGACCCUCGGACGCAACAAGAGCGUGCGCCGCCUCGCGCGCGAGGGCGAUGCCAGCACGCUCAAGACCUUCUUCACGCUGCUCAAGGCCUUCAUCGGCACCGGCAUCAUGUUCCUGCCCAAGGCGUUCCGCAACGGCGGCAUGGUCUUUUCCAGCAUGACGCUCGUCGCCGUGUCGCUCGUCACGAGCAUCUGCUUCAAGCUGCUGCUCGACUGCCGCGCGCGCUACGGCGGCGGCUACGGCGAGCUCGGCGCCGCCAUUGUCGGCCCGCGCUUCCGCGGCAUGAUCCUCUUCUCCAUCACCCUCUCCCAGCUCGGCUUCGUCUGCUCCGGGCUCAUCUUCUCCGCCGAGAACCUGUAUGCGUUCCUCGACGCCGUCACGGAGGGCCGCGGCACGUUUCAGGUCGGCGUGCCCGCGCUCAUUGCGCUGCAGCUCGUCCCGCUGGUGCCCAUGGCGCUCAUCCGCAACAUCUCCAAGCUCGGCAUGGCCGCGCUCAUCGCCGACGUCUUCAUCCUCUUUGGCCUCGUCUACAUUUGGUACUACGACAUCCAGGCGCUCGCGUCGCGCGGCCCCGCGCCGAUCCGCCUCUUCAACCCGGUCGACUUCCCCCUCACCAUUGGCUCCGCCAUCUUCACGUUUGAAGGCAUCGGCCUCAUCCUGCCGAUCCAGUCCUCGAUGAAGAAGCCGCACCACUUUGGCCCGCUGCUCUACUUUGUCAUGUUCCUCAUCACCAUCAUCUUCACCUCGGUCGGCGCCCUCUGCUACGCCACCUUUGGCGAGGACACCAAGAUCCAAAUCAUCUCCAACUUCCCGCAGGACUCGGCGCUCGUCAACGCCGUGCAGCUGCUCUACUCGAUUGCCGUCCUCGCCGGCGACCCGGUGCAGCUCUUCCCCGCGGUGCGCAUCAUCGAGACGUCCCUCUUUGGCGAGCGCGCCACGGGCAAGAAGUCGCUCGCCAUCAAGUGGCAGAAGAACGGCCUGCGCUCCCUCGUCAUGGCGCUGUGCGUCGGCGUCAGCAUCGUCGGCGCCAGCGACCUCGACAAGUUUGUCGCCCUCAUCGGCAGCUUUGCCUGCGUGCCGCUCGUCUACAUCUACCCGGCCUACAUGCACUACAAGGGUGCGGCGGAGAAGCGCUGGGUCAAGGCGCUGGACGUUGUGCUCAUGGUCGGCGGCUUCGUCGCCAUGGUGUACACGACGUUUGUGACGGUGUAUCAGUGGAUCGACUCCAAGGUCUAG